GCGGCCUGCCGUGGAGGUGGACCCGGCGCUCCGCACACAGUCACACUCCGCGCACUCACAUACUUGGAAGCGCCUCCCCACGUCCCUCCCCUGCCCUCCUCUUGCUCUGCUCUUCUCUCUCUCACCACAAAUAGUCGCCGACCGACUGCCAAUCCGUGUCUCUCUCUCUCCCUCUCUCUCAACAACAUGACUGACUGGGAAGCGGUGGCUCAGGCAGAGCCGCUCUGCUGGCGCAGGCAGGAGGAGAAGGAGGAUUAUUAAAAAACGCAGCUCGACUCUGCAACUGGGAGUGGAGAAAAGGAGCCCAACAGCCGAGAAGGGGAGGGAGGGCAGAGGAAGGGACCAGGAAAGACACCCCCGUGCCCCGAAGACAUACAUUUCUGAGUGCCCGGGAGGAGCCUUAACAAGCGGCGCGGAGCCCUUCAAGAAUUAGAAGCAAUUCUGCUUUUUUCUCCCUCUCUCGUGGGAUCUGGAAUAUGCAAUGAAGUCAGAAAGCACUUGUCUUUUUACAGUUGAAUACCUUCCCACUGAAAUGUAACACAUAUUCUCCCAUCUCUACCCCCAAGAAAGGCUGUUAAAAAUAAUGCACACACGUUUUAUUGUAAAGCUGGUUUUAUUAAAAGCCUUGGGGAGGAAAGAGAAGCAAGACACCUAGGCUGCUAAGUUGGCUAUCACAGUGCAAGCCUUGGAGUCCCAAUGGGGGACUCAGGAUCAAGACGAUCUACCCUGGUCUCCCGGUUGCCAAUAUUCAGGAGAAGUAUUAGCAGAAGACAUGAUUCUCUUCCUUCUUCACCGUCCUCCAGUAAUACAGUUGGUGUCCACAGUUCCUCUCCUUCCAGCACUAACUCAAGCUCAGGUAGUACAGGUAAACGCAGGAGCAUAUUCCGUACUCCUUCCAUUAGUUUCCACCAUAAGAAGGGAAGUGAACCUAAGCAAGAUGCUACCAACCAGAACCUUAGUAUUUCAAAUGGUGCUCAAUCUGGUCAUAGCAGUAUGCCAAAACUGAGUUUGGAAGAACAUAUUAAAACCAGGGGAAGACAUUCUGUUGGUUUUAGCAGUUCGCGAAAUAAGAAGAUAACAAGAUCUUUAACAGAAGAUUUUGAAAGGGAAAAGGAGCACUCAACUAAUAAGAAUGUCUUUAUAAAUUGCCUAAGUUCUGGCAAAAGUGAGGGGGAUGAUUCUGGAUUCACAGAAGAACAAACUCGCCGUUCUGUUAAGCAGUCAACAAAGAAACUACUUACUAAAUCCUUUUCAUCUCACUAUAAAUUUUCUAAACCAGUUCCACAGAGUCAAUCCAUUUCAUUGGUACAACAGUCUGGAUUCUCAUUGGAAAUUACACAGUACCAAGAGAGAGAGCCUGUAUUAGUAAGAGCUUCUCCAUCUUGUUCCGUGGAUGUAACAGAACGAGCAGGAAGCUCUUUACAAUCUCCGCUGCUUUCUGCUGAUCUCACAACAGCUCAGACACCUUCAGAGUUCUUAGCCUUGACUGAAGAUUCUGUGUCUGAAACGGAUGCAUUUCCUCAAAGUGGAAGUAUGGCAUCCCACUGUGACAACUUUGGCCACAAUGAUUCUACCUCUCAGAUCUCUUCCAAUCCUGCUGCUGUUACAAAGACAACAAUAGACCUUAUGGGAACUGUUCCCUGUGCAAUUAUGUCUCCUGGAAAAUACAGGUUAGAAGGCCGAUGUAGCACUGAAUCUAAUUCCUUAUCAGAAACCUCUGCUGCUAAUCAGAAGGAAGUGUUAUUGCAAAUCACUGAACUACCUGUUAUGAAUGGGAACAACUCAGAGACUCACCUAUCAGGUGAUAUGCAAAGAGAAGAACAUGUGGUAGUACAAAAUGGUGAAAAAAUGUUGGCGACAAGCUCCCCAAGGAAACUUGGAUUUUAUGAGCAACAUAAAGCAAUAGCUGACCGUGUUAAAGGGAUUCAUCCUAUUUCAGAUUCAAGGAUAAUACCCUCUUCUGGUGAUCAUCAUAUUUUUAACAAAACAUCAUAUGGAUAUGAAUCAAACCCUGCCAAAGUUCUUGCCAGUAGCUUCAGUCCAUAUCGUGAAGGAAGAUUUAUAGAAAGGCGACUGCGAUCCUCAUCUGAAGGAACUGCAGGGAGUAGCAGAAUGAUUUUGAAACCAAAAGAUGGAAAUGUAGAAGAAGUGAAUAGUCUAAGAAAGCAAAGAGCAGGUUCAUCAUCUUCAAAAAUGAACAGCAUGGAUGUUUUGAAUAAUUUGGGAUCUUGUGAACUGGAUGAAGAUGAUCUAAUGCUUGAUCUAGAGUUUUUGGAGGAACAGAAUCUUCAUCCUUCGGCAGUUUGUCGGGAGGAUUCUUACCACUCCGUAGUCUCAUGUGCUGCUGUGGUUCUACCAACGAUAGAAAUGAAGAAAAGAGAAGAACUAAAAUUUCCUGAACCUUCCAAACAGAAUCUUUCCCUGAAAUUAACAAAAGACAUUGAUCAGGAAGUCAGGUGUUCCCAUAUCAGCCGAAUGCCCAGCAGUCCAUCUGCAGACUGGCCCCUGCAAGGUGUGGAAGAAAAUGGAGGCCUUGAUUCUCUGCCCUUCAGACUGAUGUUACAGGACUGCACAGCCGUCAAGACGUUGUUAUUAAAGAUGAAAAGAGUUCUUCAAGAGAGUGCAGAUAUGAGCCCAGCAAGUAGCAUCACUUCACUUCCUGUUAGUCCUCUUACUGAAGAGCCAUUGCCCUUCAAGGAUAUAAUGAAAGAUGAAUGCUCACUGCUGAAGCUGCAGCUGAAAGAGCGGGAUGAACUCAUUUCCCAACUUCAGGAAGAGCUGGAAAAAGUCCAGCAUUUACAGAAGGCUUUUGCUUCCAGAGUAGAUAAAUCCACACAGACUGAACUUCUAGGCUAUGAUGGUUUGAACCUGAAAAGACCGGAGGCAGUACAAGGAGGGAGAGAGGCUACGUAUCGAAAUCGAAUUGUGAGCCAAAGUCUCAGCACAAGGGACAGAAAAGCAAUGCAUACUCCCACCGAGGACCGUUUUAGAUACUCAGCAGCUGAUCAGACAAGCCCCUACAAAAGUAAGACCUGUCAACUAUCAAGUCUAUGUUUAAGUAAUUUCUUGAAGGACAAGGAACUAGUGGAAGUUAUCAAACACUCAAGAGGAACUUAUGAAACCCUCACAUCAGAGGUCACCCAGAAUUUACGAGCCACCGUAGGGCAGAACUCUCUGAAGCCAACAGCUAAGACCGAAGGGCCUUCCACAUUCUCAGAGAAACCAAAGGACCAAGCUACUGUGGCCCGACAGCAUUCGACCUUUACAGGAAGGUUUGGACAGCCACCAAGAGGGCCAAUCUCUUUACACAUGUACAGCAGAAAGAAUGUUUUUCUCCACCACAAUUUACACACCACUGAGCUGCAAACUCUAGGCCAACAGGAUGGAUAAUUAAAUCACCCUAUUCCUGUCUCUUGGUAGGAUAAGGAUGGGUAGUGUUUCUCGUGCAUAGCUCAUGUUUAAAUUGUCAUAUCCUUACUUAUUUUUAGUUAUAAACAAAGAAUUGUGCACUUUUUUUUUUUUUUUUUAGAAUGAGGGUUCAGGCAUGUUAAUUGAAUUAGGUUCGGUAGCCUUGAAGACUUUAUUAUAUAUAUGUAUAAUAAAUGGGACCAUCUUGUUGGUUUAUAUAGUCCAUAGUUUAUUUAUCUUUAUCAGUCACUGAUAUGCAUUGACGUUUCAGAAGGUAAUAAUAUCAAAUAGCACUCUGUUCACUUAAUGGUGUUACUGUGAAAAUAGACGUGAGGAAUAAAUAGAUAAAGGAACUGUAAAGAAUUUUAAAUUACAUAGUUAAUAGAAGGAGAAGAAAAGAAGGAUUUUAAAGUCUUAUAUUUGAUGUGUAUUUAUUUGAAGAAUGAAGCUUGCUUGCAUGUAACCUAGAGAUACGUCUGCCUCUCUAUUACAUACAUUCAAGCUUAUCCUGCCAUACUCUUAAGGGAGAUACGGCUAUUUCUUUUAUCCUCUAAAUGUUUAGUUCACACUGGUUCACAAAGGAUUUCAGACUGAGUAAUUGCUAUCCAAAUAGAGAAUGACAGCUCUGAUCUUUGAAAAUUUUUGCUUUCCGUUUUGCUAUGGCUGUUGAAGUAGUAGGACAUAACACAGUGAGGUGGUAAAGUUGGGUGAAUUCUAUCAAAUGAUGCAUAAAGCGUGACAUGUUAUAUUCUGAGUCACUGUCAUGGCAAUAUCAGCAUUUUUUUUUCAAUCUGAAGGAUGGGUCAUUCCAAGAAAACUAUUUUAUUUCACUUUCCUUGUAUUUUUAACAUUUUUACUUAUUUUUAUGUAUGUCCAAUUUUGCUCACUAUGUAUCAAUUGCUUUAUGUGAUGAGUUGAGGAACAGGAAGUCAGUUUCUUGGUAGCCCAGUAUACACAAUUCUGACAACUCAGUCAUCUAGAUUUAGAAGAAAAAGUAAAUAUAUGUGAAAUUUGGCAGUUUGAUCUCAGAAAUAAAUCUCUAACAGAAAUGUUUAAAACUCAUUUCACGGGAAAUAUUUCUCUUUAACAAACAAGGCCUAAUAUGUUUUGUACAUAAGUGCACAUGAGAUGACCAAUAAAUCUAAAUAAAUCCUUUAUGUUUAAUUAAUAACAGCUGCACACAACUGUAGAACUAAAUAAAUAAAUAGUUUUAAAACAGUAAGGAUCAGGGCUGCAAUUUUCUUAUACAGAAAUAAAAGCUAGUAACUUUAUCCAUAUUAGGCAUAGUCCCUGCAAAUUGAAAUUGUCAUACCUACUGCAUGAUGUUUCCCUUGCAUUCUCUAACAGACAGACUCCAUCAGCAUGUACAAAUGAAAUGAAUAAAGGGAAAUUGAGAUAGCAGUUUUAGCAUGGCAUCUGACUAAUCUGCUUAAAUUAAAGCUGUGUAUGAAAUGCAUCUCUUAAUACAAAAAUGGAUUAAAGUUCUAUCAUUUGGGGAAAAGCCAUUAAAUUUCCUCCCAGCUCUAACUAUUAAACUUUGCUCCAUUUUUACACUUUGAUUAGAAUUGGUAAGAGUCAAGAGCCUAGUGGAAAUGUUUUACUUUUAAUUUUGGUUUUCCAAAGGAAGACACAUGUGCAUCAAGACAAAUGUUUGCCAAAUGUUUUCUUUGUGUGUUUGUAAUUCUGCCAAAAGAGAACAAUACACACAGAAAUUUGCUUGGUUGAAUGAGACUGUGAUCUAAAAUUCCCACUCUACUUUAGAUGCUAUAAUAUUCACGCAGAUAUACAUUUUGGUCUGGGCAAUAUUUAAGAAAUGAUAGAAAAACUAUGAGUAUUAAUUGUGGAAUUCAGCUUCAUUUGUCCUGAAUGUUGGUGUGUGUUGCUAGAAUAUUUGAAGUCUGUAAAUAAAUUAGCAUGAUAAAAUAAUCAAGGAUUUUUUCCCAGGAUAUGGAAGAACUAUGUAUCACAAAUAAUGUUUUUGAUUUGGACUUUUGGAGUUUAUAGUUUUGUUUUUCUGAAAGAUAGACUUUUGAAUUAUGCUUUGUAAAAAUAUAGUCUAUUUAAGAAAAUCUGUCAUUUAAUAGACAUUUUAAGAGAUGUUUUAAACACUAGUAUUUUCUUGAAAAAUCUUUUUUAAAGCUGAAACGUUCAAAAAGAAAACCUGGAUUCAACAGUUCAAUUUUAAAAGGAGGGGUAUUUUUUGGAAAUAUCAUCUUAGAGCUGUUUUGUAUCAGUAUUUUCAGCAUUGUUAUAAUAUUAUUUGUAAUACUAAGUGUAACUCAGGCCUGGAGAAGUUGUAAGCCCGCUCUGCUGGUGUACAUCAGUAACUGUAAAGCAGGGCUCCUUUGUAAGUUCCUCUCGUGUAUGUACAGUAACUCAGAACAAUGGCACGUGGGUAUUCUUUCAGCAAACUGAUCUCUUUGUACGAAAAUCUCUAGUUUUCUAAGGCAGUUCCAUGUAUAAAAAUGAUUUAUACAUUUCUCCAAGGCGGUACAUAUCCAAAGACAUGACACCAGGGGGAAAAAGUGCUUGUUUUUCUGAGGGAAGCAGUUGUCUUUUCUUUCCGUUCCUCUUUCUUCUGUGCAUGUGUGUGUGUAGCUGAGCCGAAGCAACCCUGUAAAAUGUCUGCUGCAAAUGGUCUCUUCUGAAUGUUGAAUGUGUUUUAAAGGACACUUAAGAAGAGAUAUUCCUUGAGGAAAAGCUGUUUCCACCGGAAAUAAACUGUUCCUGUUUUUGUAAUUAUUGGAACAUGCAACUCUUUCUAUGAACUCAGUGAUUUUUUUUUGAGUAAUUUUAUAUGCUAACAGAGUCACAGCAAAAUCAUGAAGUAUCUCUCCAACUAUUUUUGCUUCUUUGGAGCACCAUCGUUUUUGUGCAAAUGACACCCUGAGACUGUAGGUGCAAAAUGCUCAAGGUAUGAAUCUACCAGUAUCAAUAUGCUCAGGGUAAGAACCUAGAGCCACACAUUGUUCAACUUGCUUUCAUCAUUUAUGGAUUGAGAUAUAAAUAAAAUAGCAAGCCUCUAGUCACCAUUAAACAUUUGUAGACAUGCCCAUACUUCCCUAGCUUAAAAUGUUUACAAAUGGUCAUGAUUACUCUGAGUUUUCCAAGGUUUAAUCCAACCCAUGGUCAUUAUUUCCCGAGUGUUAUUGAAUUCAAAAGAAAUUUCACUUUUUUUUUUUUUUUUUUUGCCUUGUGUGUGUUUGAGAUAAUACCUCCCCCUGAAAAGUUGGCAUUUUUUAAUUAUCAUGUAUUUACAGAUCACAUCCCCAAGAUAAGUAACAAUAUUCCACUAGUCCUCCCAGGAACUUUCUUAGUAACUUAGUUCUAAGUUGAUGGAACAGUAAGAGCAGUUUAUUGACUGUCAAGUAGUGUUGCUCCACAUGCAUUAUCACCUUUCCCAUUAUAAAAAAGUGGUACUCCAAUACAGUGAGUAACUUGGAAUACAGAGUAUAAUCUUAUAAUCUCAAUUUUGUCCCACAUUUUCACCUUCAGAAUUAUACAUUUGAAUAUCUGUAGAAGUAUGAAGUGCUUCAAACCAGCCCUUAAACUCUAUGUGCUUAAAAAUGGAAUAAGAAAGGGUAUAUCUAAAGGUGCUGUCUGAAAUUGCCAUCCAUGUGACUGAAUCACAUUCCCCAUGGCUGAGGCUUUUCCCUGGGUGAUAGAUCAGUUUAAAUGCAGCACUGAUUCAUUUAUACCAGGAUUUUAAUUGCAUUCUGGGACUCGACUCUAGGCAUUAUUAUCAUGUCUAUUAUGGUUUUUUUUUUUUUUUUUUUGUACAAGAAACAGGUCAAUUAUACAUUAUGUAUCCUUUGGGAAUUUAUACCUCCUGGAAUUUAACCUUUUUUUUUCUUGUUCAUUUUCCAUGAGCUAACUUCAUCAUGCCAACUCUAGGCUAUAUCUAAACAUGUGGCAGGGAUGAUAGAAAAUAUAAACUGUCUGGGCUCUUAUAAAAAGCUGAAUUACACUGUGUAGAAAAGCAAACAGCCAACUAUCAACCAAAGAAGCCUACUCCUCUAGUAUACAUUAUCCCCAGAUUUUUAUUUUUCAAAUCUUAAUCUGUGCCGUGUUCUUUCACCAAUAGUCAGAACCACAAACAUAUCCAUAAACUAUUUACAAUGAAUUUGAUCUUUCUCAGAACCCAGCUGCAGUUCCAAGUAGCAUAGGCCAAAUACAAAAGUAAAAGAUACACCUUCCAGUUGUGUUACAUAUGGAAAAGAAUGAAAGUAGUAUACCUUAUUUUAGACCCGGAGAGUUUUCCACAAAAAUCUUGACGCAAUAAAAAAUUCCUAAUACAGAGUGGGUUUCUUCCACCUGAAUGUGGUAUAUCAUGAUUCUUUCUAGAGAAGUUUCAAUGAAGUCCCUUUAACUUUACUGAUUUAAUCUAACGAACUUACUUUUUGGUUCCUGAACAUAAAAUUCAAGAAAAGGAGCUUCUGUAAUCAUCCUUUCCAAACAUUACCUCAUUGCUUUAGUAAGCUCAGAUUACAUAACAAAAUACUAUAGACUGGGUGGCUUAAUCAAUAGACACUUAUUUCCCAUAGUUCUGGAAGAUGGAACAUCUAAUAUCCAAGUGCAAGCAGUUUCAGUUCCUGGCUUGCAGACAGCUGUGUCAUUUUGGCUAUGUCCUCCUCUCAUAAGGCCACUGAUCUUGUCACAUGGCCCCAAUAUCAUGACUUUAUCUAAACCUUAAUAUUUUCCAAAGGCCCCACCUCCCAAUACCAUCACACUGGGGUUAAAGCUUCAAAAUAUGACUUUAGAGGGAACACAAAGAUCCAUUCCAUAGCAUUAAUUUUCAGCUUACAACUACCUAAUAAGCUCGCUAUUGCUUUACUCAUUUCAUGAAUGAGAUCAGAAAGGUAGGUAAUUUCCCAAGGACAUGCAGCAUGUAUGUUGACCUGGAUUCCAUAAUCCUUGAUCUUUCCUUUUAUACUAUGCUCCAGAGUAGGCUCCCUACCAAGGAAGUCUCCAGAGUAGGCUCCCAGAGUGACCAGUGCUCCCAAGGAAGCAGAGUAACUCAAGGAAAUAUGUGCUGCCCCAUUCUCCUUUACUCUUACAAUUCCAUUGAUAUUGCUAGGGAAGAUCAUCUGAGUAAUGAAUGAUCUAUUUUAGCAAAAAAGCUACUUAUUCAAAAGCAUUUUUAAAACAAGUAUUGAUGUUUAGAUCAAUAAAUAUAGAAUCCUGAGAGGAAAGAACUUAUUGUAUUUCAAGGUUGUCUCCUAGAAAAUUUGACAUCCUAAAUUUCUUUUUUUGAAGGCAAUUGGAAAAAACACUGAUGUAAUUUAUAAUGUUAUAUAUUUUUUUUUAAAGGAGAGGGCCAAUAAAGUGUCUAACGUAAGGAAAACAUACAGUAGGUGAAAAAUAAUGUAGUUAUCAGAUUAUCUUAUUUUUUUCCUUCAUUUUCUGAGGCUAUUGAUAUAGAUAUCAUUGAAUUUGAUACUUUUGUGUUGCCUUGUAUACAUCUAAAAAACAAGAUCUUUACAAAAUUAGUUUGGAUAUUUCUAUGUAGGGACAAAAAUUACAGCUGAUUUAAAGUAUCUUAAAUAUUUGGAAAGAAUUAAAAUAAAAUGGGAAAUGCAAAUUUAUUCAUCCUAAAUUUUAAGUAAUAUACACUCUGUAGUUAAUCAUAUACAUACCUAAAUAAUGGUCUGAACAAAAGAUAAUCCUAUCGUUAAUCAUCUCUUCCAAAAUCUUAUUUUCAGGAAUGCAAAAUAAUUUGAAUAUUAGCUAAACCCUAUUUUUAGAGGGAAAAGAAACUAUUUGAUGUAUUCUAAUAUACAUGGGUCUGAGAUUAACAGCAUAACAAUGUUUUCUGUUCUCUAAAACUAUAAAUUUAGUGAAAAAGAUAAUAGCAAAUUACUCUGGAAAUUAUAAUUUUUAAUAAUAUUGAAUGCCAUAGUAUAAUUUCUUUUGUGGCUCUUGAUUUCCCAAUAAGGGCAGUGAUUUUAUUUAAUGGAAAUUUCCUUUCCAUUUGACUACUAUUCUGAGAAAAAAAAUCAAUACACUUAAGCAUGGUGAUUAAAAAUAUAUAUAUAUAUAUAAUUCCUGCGCAAAAUAAAAUUUAAAACAAAAAAUAUGUUGUGUGGUACCUGAGUACUUUCAUUAUAUUGUCUUAGUGAUAGAUUGAUUUACACAUGUAUUCACACUAUGCAUAAAGCAAUGUGAUUUCUAGAUUCUUGAAAGUUGUGAUGAUUGGCAAGAGGCAAAUCAGCCACUUAUUUCAUCAGUCAGUUGACCUGAUUUGUAUUUCCACUUCCUUUGCCACUGGGCCUUUCUUAGUUCAUGAUAUCCAGUAAUAAAGUACAGUAUCCCAGGGGCCAUUGGGAGAUUAUAAUACUAUCAUUUCAUUUCAAUUUAUGUGUGGAAUCUUUUCAUUCUGUUUAUACUCUUUAUCUCCAUAUUUUAUAACUGGUCACAAUAAAAAAAUGUACCUUAUGAUGUUUUGACUUUAUAAUUUACAAAACCUUGUUUUAUCAAUUCUAUGUGUUUUAUAGUAACACAAAAAAUACAAAAUCUGCUAAAUUCUCUCUUUCUCUCUCUCUCUCUUUCUCACCACACACACACACACACACACACACACACAGUUUUCUAAAAUGGCUGGAAGAUGGAUGAUUCAGAACAUUUGAAACAGUUAAUGAGUAUGUAUCCAUUUGGUAUCCAUACCAGCCAAUAGGGAAGAACAUGCAUUAAAAAUUCGGUUGCAAUGCCUUGAAAGCAUACCGUAACAUUUUAUGUUUAAACUUAUCAGGUGUUCUCCACAGCCUCACAACUUCAGAGUAAAUGGUGCUCCUCUGUUGUAUGGUCUUAUGUAAUGUGAUUUCAAAAAACUGAAA